AUGGAAAAGGCACUUAAAACCUUUACAAGGACCCCGGGCUUCAACGGCGAUCUUCUGUGUCAGAGGCUCAUCACCUCUGCUCCGGCUCUCAGCUGGGCCUCCAACUCAUUAUCGAUAAUCAAACCAGUCACUGGGUCCCUCUCAGGGAAGGUAACUCUUCCCUGCUUCUUCUCCAUCAUCACAACCUCAGCCCCAGUGAUCAGUCUCGAUGGCUUGUCCAUUCAUACCAGAGAUUCCGUACGGAUCAAAUGGUCCAAAAUAGUAGGAGACGUGGAAUCCACAGUGCUGGUGGCAGAAAAUGGAAAGAUCAAAAUGGACUCCAUCUACUUACACCGCGUAUCAGUGCCCAGUCACCCUAAGGAUGUAGGCGACGCCUCAUUGACAAUGGUCAAGCUGCGUGCCAGUGAUGCGGGCACUUAUCGAUGUGAGGUCAUGUACGGCAUUGAGGGCACCCAGGAUGUCGUUAACCUCGAUGUCGAUGGUGUUGUGUUUCACUACCGGGCAAGCACCAGCAGGUACACUUUGGACUACCAGAAGGCUGUCCAAACUUGCCAAAAUAUUGGAGCAACCAUUGCUACAUACAACCAACUGAAAGCAGCCUAUGAGGAUGGCUUUGAUCAAUGUGAUGCCGGCUGGAUUGCUGACCAGACAGUGAGAUACCCAAUUACAAACCCAAGGAAGGGCUGCUUUGGCAACCUACUGACUAAACCUGGUGUUAGGUCAUAUGGGACCAGGAAACCCACCAACACUUAUGAUGUAUACUGUUACGCAGACAAACUUAAUGGUGAAGUGUACUAUGCUCCUGUGACCCGUAAGAUGACUUUUGCGGAGGCCAGUGCAGAGUGUAAGAAGAGGAAUGCUGUCCUGGCAAGCCCUGGCCAGCUCCACGCUGCCUGGCGACAUGGUCUGGACAGAUGCGACUACGGCUGGCUCUCGGAUGGGAGCGUACGACACCCUGUUGCAGUAGCCAGAUUGCAGUGCGGGGGAGGCCUGCUCGGCGUCAGAACCAUGUACCGCUACAGAAACCAGACUGGCUUCCCAGAACCAACUAUGAAGCUUGGAGCUUACUGUUUCAAAGGAGUUUACUCAUGUUCAGAAAAUAUUUGUCUGAAUGGAGGAUCGUGCUACAAGACUGGCAGCACCUAUACAUGUAGCUGUGCUCCUGGUUACUGUGGUUAUCGCUGUGAAACAGAAACCGAUGAGUGCCAGUCAAACCCUUGCCGCAAUGGAGGUACAUGUGUUGAUGGGCUGGCUUCCUUCACUUGUGUGUGCCUCCCAAGCUACUCUGGGCUGUAUUGUGAGGAGGAUACAGACACAUGUGACUAUGGCUGGCAUAAGUUUCAGGGCCACUGCUACAAGUACUUCCCCCAGAGAAGAAACUGGGACACAGCAGAGAGAGAGUGUCGCAUGCAUGGGGCUCAUCUCACCAGCAUCCUCUCCCAUGAGGAGCAACAUUUUGUCAACCGCGUUGGACAGGACUACCAGUGGAUUGGCCUGAAUGAUAAGAUGUUCGACACUGACUUCCGCUGGACUGACGGCAGCCCUGUGCAAUAUGAAAACUGGAGGCCCAACCAGCCUGACAGCUUCUUCUCUUCUGGCGAGGAUUGUGUUGUGAUGAUAUGGCACGAGGAUGGCCAGUGGAAUGAUGUUCCUUGCAACUACCACCUGACCUACACUUGCAAAAAGGGCACAGUGGCCUGUAACCAGCCCCCUCUGGUGGAGAAUGCACAUACUUUUGGUAAGAAGCGUGAGAGGUAUGAGAUCAACUCGCUGGUGAGGUACCAGUGCCGAACAGGCUUUAUUCAGAGGCACGUCCCAACUAUCCGUUGUCGUGGAAAUGGACGAUGGGAUAGCCCUAAAAUCACCUGCAUGAACCCUUCAAGCUAUCAGAAGAGCUAUUACAGAAAACAUCAACACAAUAGUCUCUACACCGUUAACAACUUCAAGAGAUGGCCGGACGAGGCCUUCCGAUUUAACCAUCAGCGCUACCGGGGAAGAAGGGACAGAACUGAACAUAAGCGGAAGAGACAGUAAUGCCUUGUAACAUUUCAAAGCUUCCCCGGGAAGACAACACAUGGCUGAUGCUCGUGUCAAAAGAGGUAGAGGAUUGCCCAAGUACAAGCACGAGGGAAAACUCAUCAAAGAAACCAAGAGGAUAACCUGCAGUUUCCUUGGAUUUUGGAUGACAAUGGAAUCUUAUGAAGUGCCUUUUGAAAAGAUGUUGAUACAUUACUUUUCUUAUCAAGGAGCAUUGUUUUCUAACAAUGCCAACGUGGAUAAAAUACUUUCAGCUGGCUACUGGAAAAGCGAAAAGUACACUCAUCAUUCUUUUUAAACUGCGGACGUAUUUCUUUUUCCAGCUUAUCAAAUAAUACAUUCAUGACUGUUGUCUAAUACCUUUGUACACUAAAUGUGCUAUUUAAAAUCACCAUAAGUGUUCCUUAUUCAUAGAAAAAAAAAAAGCUGUUGUGAAAUUAUAGCGCUUAUGUUAUGUAAAGGAAUCCAUUAUGUUGUCGUGCUGUUUUAAGCUGGACUUCAUUUUAAUGAGCAUGCAUGCAUUUGCAUGUGUAUAUUGAAGUCCGCAAAUUUUACCUUUGUUUAUUUUAUGUCAAGAGAUCUAAGUUCUAUGCACAAAUGGAGCCAUCGGUGGCAAUGAUUGAUCAUACAAAGGACAGUUUACAUUAGUAGACUAUUAUAUCACAUACUUACAAAACUGUAAACCUUUGUAAAGAAUCUUUCUCCAGUCUUCAAACCUAAUCAGCAUGGUUUCUUAGUUUUGCUAGGAGUAGAUAUUUAGAUUUCAGAACAAUAAUACACCCAUGUCUGGACUGGAGACCUUCCUUGUGGUGGAAGCUUUGAAAGUACCAAAUGACCACCUUUCAUUAGCUCCAGCCCUCAAUGGGUGACAUCAAAGUUUUCUCAGAUAGAUGUUUAUGGAGAGAAUUGAUAUUUCUUUUGUGUGAUGUUUUGCAAUUUAAUAUAAGAGAUUGCUCUCUAAGUACUUACCGACAAAGCCUUUAUUCACUGAUGGAAAUCAAUGUCCAUCAACUAUUUUCAAAUGAAAGAAGGGAGGUGUGGCUCAAGUAGCCUUUAUUUUCUGCUCAUGUGUGUGCAUUGCAUAACUUACAAUUAGUUGCCGCAGCAUGUUUACAAUAACUGUAAUGCUGUUCAUAAUUACACACCAAAGAGUCUUUUUCUCAUCUGUUGCUGUUGUGCUGUAGCCUGUGAUGGUUUUCUAGGUUAUGCUUAACUUGUCUGUUAUUGUGGUCAAUUAAAAUCAGCCUUUGAGAGAAUGUAUUUUGUGAAACACUCAAAAAGACUUGAACAUAACGGCUGUUUAGGCACAGAUGCAUAUAAUUUAUUUUCUAGCUGCUCUUGAUCUCCUUACUUGUUCUACACUCACAGAUUACAUAUGAUGCUGUCACCUGUCCCAGCAGGGCUCUUCAUAUAUGUGUAUUGUAUAUUCAACCAAAGACCAACCACAAUCACAGACUGUUACUAUGAAAUUGAAUGAAGAUGAAAAGUUACUCAACAAUACAAUGGAUUCAUUUGUCUUUUUACAGCUUUAAUGCCAGCAGUGGACCAAAUAAUAUGGAGCGCCCCAUCGGCUGCAAUAAUGUUCUGUGAUCGUAACAUAAUAUGUGUACAUGUGGAUGGUUAUAUACUGUAUGUCUCCAGCAUAUUUUUACGGAAUAAUGUGUUUGUUUUGUCUGCCUUUGAAUGUCUGAGUGUGUGCCUUAAUGUUCACAUAAUAUCAUUUUAUAUUUAUAACAGUUCUUUUUAUUUUAUUUACAAUGUGAAUGUCUGGGAUGUUGGUGAAUUUUUCUAAAGAGAUCAAAAAUGUUUUUGUUUUCCUGCUUUAAAUCACCAAAGAAAUAAAAUCAAUAUAUAAAUAUUA